CCGUCCGCGUUCCCGAGCGGGGCCACCCCUUUCCACCCUCCCUGCGUCUCCUCCCCUGCGGCGGCCGAGCUGCCCACCUCCCUCCGGGCGCCCCGAUCCUCCUCCCGGGCUACUCUCCUCGGCAACUUUCCGCGCUUUGUUCUCCGGCUGCAAAUGCGUUGCGGAAGCUUCUCGGACAGGGUCUCCGCCAAGCGGCCAGAGCUGCGCGCUGAGACGUGUGACGCGCUCAUCUCCCCAUCAAUUAUGGAUGGAAACAAAUCCGGAACAGUCGGUGCCGCUUGAGCCCCUCUCCGGAGCCGGCCGGGGUGUCCUGCAGCCGGGAGGGAACCGCGGCGCGCGGGUCAUGGUGCCUUUCGGGGAAGGGAAGUAAUCUCCUGGUCUCUGGCAUCUUGAGGAUCUUCCUUAAAGUGGGACCGUUGUAGUCUGAGAACUUUGCAUGCGAAUAAUUCCCCUGCUGAAAACAUUCCUCUCAAGGAUUUGCAGAUUCUUCCUGCCCCUGCUCAACCUCACUUUGAUGUACGUGUAGCAUAAAAUGCUUCCAUUUAUAACUUCUGUGGCAAAUCAAGAGCUAAGUGGGAUUUCUAAGGCUCGGCUGCUCUGACGUCGUCCUGGCCCGCCAUGAGGCUCUUCCUGCUUUGUGUCUACAUGCUACUCCUGAGGAUUUCCCAGGCUAGGGCAGUCAGCUUUCCGGAAGAUGAUGAGCCCCUUAACACUGUUGACUACCACUAUUCAAGGCAAUAUCCGGUUUUUAGAGGACGCCCUUCAGGCAAUGAAUCGCAGCACCGGCUGGACUUUCAGCUGAUGUUGAAAAUUCGAGACACACUUUAUAUUGCUGGCAGGGAUCAAGUUUACUCAGUAAACUUAAAUGAAAUCCCCAAAACAGAAGUCAUACCAACCAAGAAGCUGACAUGGCGAUCCAAACAGCAGGAUCGAGAAAACUGUGCUAUGAAAGGCAAACAUAAAGAUGAAUGCCACAAUUUCAUCAAAGUAUUUGUUCCAAGAAACGAUGAGGUGGUUUUUGUUUGUGGUACAAAUGCAUUCAAUCCUAUGUGCAGGUACUAUAGGCUGAAUACCUUAGAGUAUGAUGGGGAAGAAAUUAAUGGCCUGGCAAGAUGCCCAUUUGAUCCCAGACAAACCAAUGUUGCCCUUUUUGCUGAUGGGAAGCUGUACUCUGCCACGGUGGCUGACUUCUUGUCCAGCGAUCACGUUAUUUAUCGGAGCAUGGGGGAUGGAUCCGCCCUUCGUACAAUCAGAUAUGAUUCCAAAUGGAUAAAAGAGCCACACUUCCUUCAUGGCAUAGAGUACGGAAACUACGUCUAUUUCUUCUUUCGGGAAAUUGCCGUAGAACACAAUAAUUUAGGCAAGGCUGUCUAUUCUCGAGUGGCUCGCAUAUGUAAAAAUGACAUGGGUGGCUCCCAGCGGGUCCUGGACAAACACUGGACCUCGUUUCUGAAGGCUCGGCUUAACUGCUCUGUCCCUGGAGAUUCCUUCUUCUACUUUGAUGUUCUGCAGUCUAUCACAGACAUCAUACAAAUCAAUGGUGUUCCCACUGUGGUCGGGGUGUUUACCACACAGCUCAACAGCAUUCCUGGUUCUGCGGUCUGUGCAUUUAGCAUGGAUGACAUCGAAAAAGUAUUCAGAGGACGAUUUAAAGAACAGAAAACCCCAGAUUCUGUUUGGACAGCAGUCCCUGAAGACAAAGUACCAAAGCCAAGGCCCGGCUGCUGUGCAAAACAUGGCCUCGCCGAGGCGUACAAAACCUCCAUCGAAUUCCCCGAUGAGACCUUGGCCUUCAUCAAAUCCCACCCGCUGAUGGACGCUGCCGUCCCCCUCAUUGCUGACGAGCCCUGGUUCACCAAGACGCGAGUCCGGUACCGACUGACGGCCAUCGCAGUGGACCACUCGGCAGGGCCGCACCAGAACUACACAGUCAUCUUUGUUGGCUCUGAGGCCGGCGUGGUGCUCAAAGUGCUGGCAAAGACCACGGCUUUCUCUCUGAAUGACAGCGUGUUACUGGAAGAGAUCGAAGCCUACAACCACGCCAAAUGCAGCGCUGAGAAUGAGGAAGACAGAAAGGUCCUCUCAUUGCAGCUGGACAAGGGCCAUCACGCGCUGUACGUGGCUUUCUCUAGCUGUGUCAUCCGCAUACCCCUCAGCCGCUGUGAGCGGUAUGGAUCGUGUAAAAAGUCCUGUAUCGCAUCGAGGGACCCGUACUGCGGCUGGUUAAGCCAGGGCACCUGCGGGAGAGUGACCCCAGGAAUGCUCGCCGGAGGGUACGAGCAGGACACAGAAUACGGCCACACGGCCCACCUAGGGGACUGCCACGAAAUUUUGCCUACUUCAACUACACCAGAUUACAAAAUAUUUGGCGGUCCAACAUCUGACAUGGAGGUAUCUUCGUCUUCUGUUACCACAGUGGCAAGUAUCCCAGAAAUUACACCUAAAGUGAUUGAUACCUGGAGACCUAAACUGACGAGCUCCCGGAAAUUUGUAGUUCAAGAUGACCCAAACACUUCUGAUUUUACUGAUCCCUUAUCGGGUGUCCCAAAGGGUGUGCGGUGGGAGGUGCAGUCUGGGGAGUCCACCCAGAUGGUCCACAUGAACGUGCUCAUCACCUGUGUCUUCGCCGCCUUCGUCCUGGGCGCCUUCAUCGCUGGCGUGGCAGUCUACUGCUAUCGCGACAUGUUCGUGCGCAAGAACAGAAAGAUCCACAAGGACGCCGAGUCGGCCCAGUCGUGCACAGACUCCAGUGGAAGUUUCGCCAAACUGAACGGCCUUUUUGACAGCCCGGUGAAGGAAUACCAACAGAAUAUCGAUUCUCCGAAGCUCUACAGCAACCUGCUGACCAGCCGGAAAGAGCUGCCGCCAAGCGGAGACCCGAAGUCCAUGGUGCUGGACCACCGCGUCCAGCCUCCGGAGCUGGCCGCCCUCCCCACGCCGGAGUCCACCCCGGUGCUGCACCAGAAGCCCCUGCAGGCCAUGAAGAGCCACUCGGACAAGGCCCAUGGCCACGCGGCUUCCAGGAAGGAUGCCCCCCAGUUCUUCCCUUCCAGCCCUCCGCCCCACUCCCCGCUGAGCCACGGGCACAUCCCCAGUGCCAUUGUCCUGCCGAACGCCACCCACGACUACAACACGUCUUUCUCAAACUCCAAUGCUCACAAAGCAGAGAAGAAGCUGCAGCACGUGGACCACCCCCUCACAAAGUCCUCCAGCAAAAGGGAUCAGCGGCGCUCUGUGGACUCCCGAAAUACCCUCAACGAUCUCCUGAAGCAUCUCAACAACCCCACCAGUAACCCCAAAGCCAUCAUGGGUGACAUCCAGAUGGCCCACCAGAGCCUGAUGCUGGAUCCCGCGGGGCCCAUGUCUGAGGUGCCCCCCAAGGUGCCCAACCGGGAGGCAUCGCUCUACUCCCCACCUUCAACGCUCCCCAGAAACAGUCCGACCAAGCGAGUGGAUGUCCCCACCACUCCCGGGGUCCCCAUGACCUCUCUGGAAAGACAAAGGGGUUAUCACAAAACUCCCUCGCAGAGGCACUCUAUCUCCGCCAUGCCUAAAAACUUAAACUCACAGAAUGGUGUUUUGUUGUCGAGACAGCCCAGUAUGAACCGUGGGGGAUACGUGCCCACCCCCACCGGGGCGAAAGUGGACUAUAUUCAGGGGACGCCUGUGAGUGUCCAUCUCCAGCCUUCCCUCUCCAGACAGAGCAGCUACACCAGUAAUGGCACCCUCCCCAGGACGGGACUAAAGAGGACACCGUCCUUAAAACCUGACGUGCCACCAAAGCCUUCCUUUGUUCCUCAGACAACGUCUGUGAGACCCCUGAACAAAUACACCUACUAGGCCUCCAGCGUGCCGUUCUGUGUGGCUUUUUUCUGUUCGUGCCUGGAGAGGUACCUUAAGACGAGACAUCUGCUUGUAUUUUAAGAGAAACAACGGGCCAAAGAGACUCUCUCCCUUUGGCAGCAUCAGAACUAGCCCCAUGUAGCUCCGUGGCCAGGCUUCUGUGUUCCUGCCUGAAAACAAAGGAAGGUGCUGGUCAUUCCAUUUCUUUUGUUUGAAGCUAAUGUGGUGUGUAGCUCCGAAGGGCUACUUUACCAGUAGGAAGAGCGGAUUCAGUACUCAGAAGAAUCUGUGAACAAAUACUUGAAAAUGGGUUCAAUUCAGACUACCAUUACGUGUGGUCUUCCCAUUCAAUGUGAACAUUUUAACUAUGUAUGCAUUCACCUUGCCUCUUGCACAAAUGUCAAAAAAAUAAAAAAGAUGGUAAUGUCUCAAAGAAACAAACUCAUAGAUUACCAUGCAGUUUGCUGAAAAUUCAAUCUUCUACCCAAACUGUAGCAUUUUUUUCCAACUGUAGCAUGAGCAUUUUUCUCAUGCCACCAACAAACCGUAUUGCAGCUGUGAGUGUGUAUAUGUGUGUGUGUGUGUGUGUGUGUGUGUGUGUGUGUGAGAGAGAUAGAAAGAGAGAUUCUGAGUUCCGUAUCCACUAGGAUUCGUGUAGAUUCCCAUUGCAACUUUCUGUGCUAUGGAACCGUUUACAUUGACUGAAUAAGAGACACUCAUUUCUUCCCAUGCCAGCCCAUUGGGUCCAGCUCUGAAAGGGGCCACAUCCCAGACUCCUCCUGCAACAGUCAAAUAUGAGCUUCAUUUCUGUGGUACCCAGUGCCAGAAUGUAAGAGUUCCCAUAAUUUUGUGCUGCUAACCCUUAAAACUUCUGUUCCAGGCCCGCAGGCUUGCGGAGCUAGAGAUACCAAGAGGUGCCCUUGGUUUAGCCACCAGUAUUGAGUAGUAAAAUUUACCUGCCCACUGUGAACCGAAGCCUGGGUCACUAUUUAACCUCAGACACACUAAUAAGGGUUGAGUUUGGGUUUGGGUUUUCUUUUGUUCCCCAUAGAGUAAAGAUGUUUCACCCCUGAUUCCUCCUUCCCCCAAGGUAAAAGAAAUUCCAAAAACAAGAACAGUACAAAAGAAAAGACCUAAGAGAGGAGUCAUAAUUGGCGUCACAGGAAUGGUCUGUGAAGACAUAAUGAGUAGUUACAAUCAUGCUGUCUCUGUUGUGUUAUGUGAGGAUUGUCUCCUGAGUCAUGCAGGUUAUGACGUACUGUAAAUAUCACAUGUGAGUUUACCUGAAUCUGUGCAUUUUGUGCCUUAUUCAUGAGAACGAUAGAAGUACUAAAAUAUGUCAAGUGUUUUCAAUAUAGCACAUCAUUUACUGAGUGCCACUUGUAAAUGUUUUUCAACCAGCACCUAAAGACUUUU